UAAACACUCAACUAUUCGUAAAAAUGUUCAAUCAAAGUGGCUCAAUUUUUAACUGACGAUUAUACGUUAACUUUUUAAACUGUUUGCUUACAGUGUCGAUUCCCAGUCUGAUAAUCCGCUUGCAUGACUACUCAAUGACAUCAUUUGCCGUCACUUGGUUUAUAACUACAUGCAUAUCUUCAAAAAGAGGGGAUCAUAGACUCUAGAACGAGUCGACCGACAGCGUCAAUUCAAACCGUUAUUUAAUUAUCUUAAAAACAUCCUUUUCAUUCCGUAAAUUUAUGUUCUUUUCUCAAAUUACAUAUUUACUUAAUCCUUUGUAUUGCCAUUAAUGCUUUUACUACACACGCAAUUAAUGAACUGAAAUUGUGUGGCGCAUAUAUAUUUGGCGCACUCCUGUACCAAUAUAUAUGUGUUCAAAUAAAAAAUAAAAUAAACAUACCACUCUAGCAUCUUACUGUCCUAAUAGAGCGUGGCAGCUUUGACCCACAUAAGUUCCAAAUUCUACACUAUAUAAUUGACUGGGAUUUGAACCUAUUCUAAACAGAACAGGUCAAUUAAGUCUUCAUGUUCGUAAUAGAAAUAAAUAUACUAUCUCUGCUUAGAAGUCUUUAAACUAAAUGCGAAAAUCCCACUCGAUGUUUCUACUAAACAAAAGCUAUGGUUGAAAGGCUUCUAUGUUCAAAUACCAACUUCGCACGUAUCUUUUCCUCGCUAAAACCCGUCUAACAUCCGUCAAUUAGUACAGUGGAUUCACUGUCACCAAGCAUCUUAUUAGUGACAAGUUUGCAAGUGCAAAACGAGUUCUAUCUGUUUUAAGAUUUCUGCAUCAUAAAGCUAGGUUUAGUUUGAGAUAACUUCCGAUUCAACUUUUCGGGGUUUGAAUAAGUUUCUAACCAUUUACUAUACAUUAACGAGCUCUUGAUACUUGAAGCAUGUUUGGCGUUCAGAUUUUAACUCAUCACCUGUCUGGAACCGUGUUAUACAGUUCAUUAAAAUUUCUAUCAACUGGUUUAUUUCAUAAGGUUUAUUAUCAUCAUGAUUAUUUAUUAUUCCUUCAAUUCCGUAUUUGCACCCCGAAAAUUCUUCUAAGUUUUAUAGGGCAAGGUCAUGUUUUUUAAAUGAAUUUAUUGUCUAUCAACUCAUAAAACUUAUUUUCCCUCCUAGAUUCUUUAUCUGAGGAAAAAUUCGUACAAAUUUGUGGGCGAUAUUAGAUGUAUCAUUAACUGAAGUUGACUUUUCAAUUUGUUCCAAUGCCUACCUUAUCUCAAUAGUUAACUUACAUUGUUAUCUGUUGUAAUUAUAACAUAAUACAAUAAAGUGAAUAGUGACAGUGCUACCUUGUCGAUAAUGGAUACAUUAUUCAUUAGUUCAACAUUUGAUUCAUUUGAUGUUCUGUAUACGUUACUAUUUGGACUUCUUGUAUUUUGCAUUAUGGCACCGACUACAGAGUUUAUUUCUGCUGGUGUAACAUUAGAGAACUUGUUUAAUCGAUUUCUUGGUAAUGAAAGUUUAUACUUUGUACAGUAUCAUUUAAAAAGAACUGUAAUGAUACGAUUAUUUUCAUCGUCUUUGGUCUUUCUGUAUUUUGUGUUCAUGCAGUGUUUGUCCAAAAAUGUAGCGAUUUCUGCUCCAAAUAUUUCAUUUCCAUUUACAAUUUGGGAUGUAAUUUUAUGGAUUGGCAUAGGCAGUCUAUCUGUCAUUGGGUCACAUACUUAUCUAGUUUGGUAUGGAUCUGGUACAUGGUAUGGCCACCCAACAAUUUUAUCAUUGAAACGGAUUAUUAUGGAAUCACUACCUGAUUCACAAUUGUCAUCUUCAGCCACAGCAUCAUCAUCCUUGUCAAAUGGCGCAUUUAGUGUCGCUAUAAAAGCUUUGAUAUCUUCAAUAAAUUCUGAAUAUCAACGUUCUGAUAAAUUCGUAGCAGGUCAAGGAAGUUUAUCAACAAAUUGGUCAGGUCGACGAUUUGUUAUCACAGAUUCAUGGAUUUUAACUUCACGUUUUACUGAAUUCAAAAUACUUAAACAAUCUUCGGAAAAUAUGUUAGCUGUUGUUGUUUCAGCAUUUUCAGUGCUGGACCCAAGCUCUCUAACUCAAGGUGGUCAACCUGACGGAGAAAGUCUCGGUGUGCAAACAAUUGUAACAGUGAGAUUUAUACGUACAGAUACAGGAGUGUGUUUGCUUAGUUUUGGAUUGCCAGCAUCAAAUUUAGAUGAGUUACGCAGUAAACUACGUUUCCCUUUAAUACAAGCACAAGGUGUACAAUUAGAGCCAACAAUUAUUCAAAGAUUUAUUGAAGCAUUUACACAAGUAGUUGAUGAAAAUCAACCGGUAAACCUACCAGCUGGCUAUGAGUUGGAACAGUGCAUUGGGUGUAUGGUACAACAAGUUAAUGUCACUUUAAAUCGUCAAUGCGAAAGUUCACUCACCCCUUCUUCAUCAUCAGCAGCAAUUAAUAGUAAUCAAUCAUUAGAUAGUAAUCAAUGCGGUAUAUGUUAUUGUAGACCAUUAUGGUGUUUAGAAUGUUUAGCACGUUGGUUUGCUUCAAGACAAACAAAUAUGCGGUGUCCACCAACUCAAUGGCUUUCUGGACGUGUACCUUGUCCAACAUGUCGUACAUAUUUUUGUGCUCGUGAUGUCUCACGACUUAUUAUUUCUCAUCGACAAUUGGACUGAAAUCUGUUGUAUUUAACAGGUAACAUCAGAAAAUGUGAUUCAUUUGUGAUACCAAUCGGUUUUUCCCUUUUCCUACACUUGAACAAUUCAAACAUAUAUAUAUAUAUAUAUAUAUAUAUAUAUAUAUAUAUAUAUAUAUAUAUAUAUAUGCUCUGUCCUACCGUCUUUCUACCUGUCCUUCAAAUGACUUGCUCUUGAUUAUUUUGUUACCUCAGUAACUAUUGAGUAAAAACUGGUUUCUUUAUCGUCUCCCAUCCUAUUGGGGUGUUCUUUCCUUCAUUCUCGUUUUUGGUAUCUUAUUUUGUUCCUAAUUUUUUAUAAUUCCUAACAUGUUUGUAGUGUAUAGUGGGUUAAACAAGUUGUGUAUAAUAAAUUGAUUACAAAAGCA